ACAUCAAUCCAACUCCAGAUUUCGAGUCAAUUAUUCAAUGAUCUACUUUCUCCAGAUCUACCACACCCGAAAAGUUCUCCUUUCUCCGACACGUCCAAUACAUGUAGAAGACACGUACCCAGAAAAAAACUAACAGUCAAUACUUCAAAUAGACGAAUCAGUCUCGUUCCGUUUGAAUCUGUGAAACCGCUUCGGUUGGUGGCUCUGUUCAUAUCCAGUCUCCCUCUUCGUCGGUUUUACUUCGCCGCAACGACACCGUUUCUCGCAGAACGCGAACCCAGAACUGGGUUUUCUUUGAAAGAGGAGGAGGAGGAGGAUCAGAAAUGGAUAUAACGGAGGCUUCGAUUGUACAUCAUGUGGCCAUUGUGUUUAUAUUGCUUUGGACACUCUCUUCGUUCAAUUGCUGCCACCCCAUCGCCUACUUUCUCUCUCUAAUCUAUUUCUAUCUGGUUCAAGAGCGGUAUGUGAUGAGAUUGAGGAGGAAAAUACAAUUUGGUGAAAGAAGACAGUCCAAUCAAAGAAGGGUACUCUCUGAUUCUGAAACAGUGCGUUGGUUAAACUAUGCUGUAGAAAAAAUAUGGACUGUUUGUAUGGAGCAGAUAGUUUCCCAGAAAUUUCUCCUCCCUAUCAUACCUUGGUUCUUGCAGAAAUACAAGCCGUGGACCGUGAAGGAAGCAGUGGUUCAGCAUCUGUAUAUGGGAAGAUCCCCGCCUAUUUUCACUGAAAUGAGGGUUGUUCAUCAGUCUACUAAUGACGACCACUUGGUUUUGGAGUUGGGAAUCAAUUUUCAUACUGCAGAUGAUAUGAGUGCAAUACUUGCCGUGAAACUGAGAAAAAGAUUGGGUUUUGGAAUGUGGGCAAAGUUGCACUUAAUGGGUAUGCACGUUGAAGGAAAGGUCUUGAUUGGGGUGAAGUUCCUUCGCACGUGGCCUUUCCUUGGUCGUUUGCGGGUCUGCUUUGUUGAGUCACCAUAUUUUCAGAUGAUUGUGAAACCUAUUUUCACCCACGGCCUUGAUGUUACUGAACUUCCUGGGAUCGCUGGAUGGAUGGAUAAGCUUCUGGCCCAUGUUUUUGAGCAGACACUUGUUGAGCCUAAUAUGCUGGUGGUUGAUGUGGAGAAAUUUGUUUCACCCCAACCAGGAAGUUGGUUCUCAGUUGAUCUGAAAGAGCCCAUUGCCCAUGCUAUAGUGGAAGUCGUUGAAGCGACCGACAUGAAGCCAUCAGACCUAAAUGGGUUGGCUGAUCCAUAUGUAAAAGUGCAACUUGGCCCUUACAGAUUCAGGACAAAGACACAAAGGAAGACAUUAGUUCCAAAAUGGCAGGAGGAAUUCAAGAUCCCUAUCUGUUCCUGGGACACACAUAAUGUGCUUACUAUUGAAGUCUGUGACAAGGAUCAUUUUGUCGAUGACACACUGGGAGAUUGUUCCAUAAAUCUCAGCGAUCAUAGGGAUGGGCAGAGGCAUGACAUGUGGCUGUCUCUUCAGAAUAUCAAAAUGGGGAGAUUACAUCUUGCGAUAACAGUAGUUGAAGGCAACCGAAAGGGGACAGAUCAACCACGUGAUGGGGAGACGAUAAACAAUGAGUAUAUGGGAGAUUCCUUUGCAACUGAUACUGCAGAGAAAGAUUCCUUGUUGCAUGGAUUACCAGAGAAGUCCCCAAAAGUAGCAGAUAUAUUCGAACCUAUUGACAUUGAAGGGCAACGAGAGACGGGGAUAUGGGUCCAUCAUCCAGGGAGUGAAGUUGCACAAAUAUGGGAGCCUAGAAAAGGGAAGAAUAGGCUCCUUGAUACCCAAAUUCAUGGUGAGGCGGGUGAAUCCAUGGGCACAUCAGGUCGUGGGUCUUAUGUCAGUGACAGUAGCAGCACUGAUGAGUGCUUGGAGUGUAAUAAAGAAUCAUGGAGAAAUCCUGUUCGGCGGGGCUUGAGGAAGAUCAGUGGGGUAUUUCACAGGAGCCCCAGACAUGUGGAUAAAUCCUGCAGUGUCAAAGAGUCGGCUCCAUCCCCACAUGCUAACCUUAGGGCGGUUAAUACAAAGGAGAUUGGAGUUGGAGUGAAAUUGAUAGUGGAUGAUCACCUUGUAGCUCCAUCUUCAGAUAAGACUCUAAAAGCAGGGAAGGAGAGUCCCGAGGAAAGUGGCCCAGAAAGCCCGAGCAAUGUGCAUGUGAAAGAUAAGGCAAAGAGCAUUUUGAAGAAUACGGGGAAAUCCUUUCGUGGCAUGAAGCAUGCCCUUUCUCAUAAAGGGUCAAGAAAAUCGAAUUGUGAGUUGGAAUCAACAGUGAGAGAAAUUUCUGUGGGAUCCGACUCUUCUGACGAAGAAUCUCUUCCAUCAGUGGAUCAUACCCUCGGAGUUCAACCUAUUCUAGUUGUUUCUAAUCCCAUAUCUGGCCGUGGUAAUGAAUCUUUCGAGUCCAAGGAACAUACAGUAGAGACAUUUCCAAUUUCCCAGUGAUCCUGCAAUGAAUUUCCCUGAACUCAAAAAAUAAGGAUAAAGUUGAAGGCUUUUAGAAGAUAGGCAAUAACCAGCUCUGGCAGUUAUGAUGAUCGAUUGGUUGAGGGGCUCUCAAAGUCUAAGCUUUUGGCGGGAAAUUUGGAACUAAGUAUAUGAUGAAGUUUUUGGCUUGUACAGUGAAAAGUUUGCUGAAGGUAGUCAAUCCGCUGUGGCUGAAUUUGCAUGGAAGUUUAAGGAUUGGCUUUGUUGUUUAUAAAUUGCUCUGUAUAGUCUCUUAUAGUUAAGUCUAGUACCUCUUAUGGUCUGUUCUUUUACUCUUUCUAGUUUUUACAUGGUAAUUUGUAUAUAUUAACUUUUUAAGUCAUGUGGCAAAUUGUUAUACAGAACCAGUUCUAAAAGAUAUUUUGUGACUCUUGUAAAUGAAGCAAGUUUGUAACCAGAUUGAGUUUUUAUCCAAUAACAUUGUUCAUCUUUGA